GUAUGAUGUGUGGCGCGGAUGUUCGUCGUAUUUACUUGUUGUUGUUGUUAACGUUCAGAGUGUAUGAAUGAAUAGCGAGCACGAACACGCGUAACGGCAAUAAAAAUAGUGGCAAAGAAACAGAGAAGAGCAAUAAAAGUGUAAUUAUUAAGAAAUCGUGUUUCACGUGCAAAUGCUCAAGGGCAACCAAAAAGGCGCCACUUUGGGUGUAAAGUGCAUAAACCAAACCAGUUGAGAGCGCAUAACUGCCGCCCAAAACGCCGGCUUGCUUGGCUUCGGUUUCGGCUUACAUUCAAUUAAGCCAAGUCUCGCGUAUUAAGCUGGCCAACUAGUUUGUUAGCGCAUGUGUGUGUGCGUGUGUCCCUGUGUGCGUGAAGCAAAUAAACGUCCGAAUUCAAGAAGAGCACAGGAAUUUAUGUUCAUGCAGCAGCCACAAAAAAAUAAAAAUAAAUAAAAUUUUAAAAAAAGGAAGAAAAUCAAAUACCAACAGACAACAAUAGGCGAAGGAAGUAGCGAGCGAGGAUUCAUGCCCAGAAGUCGUUUGACCAGUUUUAUUUUUUAUUCUGCCUCUACCUUCGUCGCCGUGUGUUUGUGUGUGUGUGAGCGACGGAGAGGGAUUGUUUUUUAUGGUUUUCUUUACCAAGCCGCUUAAAUGAUCAAUAUAGCAACUAGUGCCUGAUCGAUCGAUCGCAUCGCAUCGCAUCGAGUGUGAAGUGAAAUAAACCAGACCGACGCGACUAACCCAAAUGAGCAGCUAACAGAGCGCCCAACCAUGCCCUUCGUACAGCGUGUCGUGCAGCCCGUGAAUGUGGCCCAGGCAACGGCCGCCAGUUCCGGGCAUGCCGCCACUCGCUUCCAAUGCAUACCGGGCAAAUGCAAAAACAACAACUGCAUCAACAACAAGCAAUCGCCCGAUGAGGUGGACGAUGGAACUGCCACAGCAACAUCGCCAACAACUCUCACCAAGGCUCUGGUCCACAGCUCCUCAGCACUGACGAAUGGUGAUCAACAUGAGGAGCUGCAGGUGCCACGCCCACCCCCCGCUCUGCCCAUGAAGAAGCUGAAGCAGCAUGUGGAAUUCUUAUCCACAUCGCCCACACAUCAACGCGUCUCCCAAUCUCUGCCCAACUCAAGGCACACCAGCCAACAGCGUCAGCCGCGUAACGCCAGCGCUCCCCAAUCACCCACAGCCGGCAACUCCGGACGUGUAAUCUCCGGCUAUGAGUUCGACUCGAUUAGCAACAUUACGCUGAGCAAUGCCCUGCGACAAUUGGCCUCGCUGGUGCUCAUCGCCAGCGACAUCUUCGACGAUCUGCAGCGGGACUUGCAGGCGGUGGGGGAGCGGGCGGGGCGAGUACAGCGCAAGAUUGUGGCCGUGGAGCGGCGUGUUUGUGCCUACGAUCCGAAAAUGGUCACAGUUCCUGAAAGCGACCUGCUCACCUUUGCACAACGCAAGCAGCAUUACGAGUCGGAAAAGUCAUUCCAGCAGCAACUUUUCACCACAGAGUCGCGGCCGCAGAGCGUGCGACAAUUGUAUGUGGAGGCAGCCAAGGAGCUGCCUGGUCCGCAUCCAAUAUCGUCAGCUUCUUCGACAGCGUUGACACCGCCGCGUUCCAUUUCCUUCAAUGGCGACAUUCUGCUGAACGGCGAUGGCCUCGAGUUCGAAGCGAGCAACAACAACAACAAUAAUAAUAACAGCGAGGAGCUUGUUUGUGAAUCCGAUUUUGGGAAUGCCAAUCGCAAGCUGCGCACGCGCAUUGAUGCUGAAAUUGAAAUACGUUUGCCUGCUGCCAUCGAGGACCUGCGCAAAUGGACGUCCACCGAGGCGCUGGGUGAUGUCACGGUCACGCCCGAUUGCAUGCACCAUGUGGACACAUCGCUGAGCACUUCGAUGGUCAUCGGUGAUAACGGCCUACUAACACCCGCUCUAUCUCCGUCCGUCCUAUCCGCCGAUGCCAUCGACGCCUCCACCACCUAUGCUCCCAAUAUCAGCCAAGCGGUGGACAGCAGUCAGCAUCAACUACUGCCAAACGAUAUCAAUAAAGAUGUGCCUUUGAAUCAUCGAUUGCCUUCACCCGAGGAACAAACCAAACUCAUUGCCUUAAAAUAUCCCGCCGAAGUGAUCUCUGUGAACACCUCCGGCAAACAUUUCCAGCGCAUGUGCGCGGCUCGCAAAUCGACGACGGGCUGCUAUGCAGGCGGCUCCUCCAGUGCAGCGGCUAGCAACGGUGGCAGCCCAGACGAUCCCCAGCCGGAUGCCAAUAAUCUCGAUGAUAAUGUGCAGACGGUCAGUCGACGUUCGCGAUCGCGGAAGGUGCGCGGCAAGAGACGCAACACGAUUGCGGGCAUAGAUCAGAAGGAGAUACAGGAUGCAGCCAAUGGCAACGCGAACAGCAACAACAACGACGCCAAGAAUACAUCGGGAGCCAAUAACUCGACUGCUACUGGAGGCGGCACCGCCUCGGACGCCAAGAAGUCGAAAAAGUUUGGACGCAGCAAAUCGAGCGACAUCUUAAAAAAAGAAACUGUUGCCUUGCCCUAUGACAAGGGCAAGAAUACCCUUACACGACUCAAUUCGCUGAAGCAAUGGGGUCGCAAUCGCUUCAAGUUCAUGCACCGCGCAGAAGCGGUCGGAGGCGAGACCAGUACGCUGGACACCAGCGGCAGCAGCUCGCAGAAUACGUCCACAGAAAAGGCGGAGAGUAGCAGCGCCGCCGAUAGAGGCAGCUCUUCAGCCAACAGCGGCAACAAGGAGUCGGUGAAGCGGGACAUUGAUGACGAGUGCGUUGUCCAUGAGCUGAUAUCGCAGAAGAGUGAAUCUCGGUUUUCGCACGAACGAAAACCCUCGUAUUCCUCAUCCGAGAAGAGCAUGAGUGUAAGCAGUAGCGGGCAUUUGCGUGGCAAGCUCCAGUUGGCCAAUAUGGCAGCCAGCAAUGUGAAGAUGCGUGAGACGGCGACACUGAAUCGCCAGAGACGCAAUGGCCAGUGGGCGGCUAGCGGUCUUGCCGGGAAGGAUGAGCAACCGCACUCAUCAAGCGGAAAUUGGAGUGCCAGUUCGGAAUCAGGGCGCGCCUCUAUAGGCAGUGAAAUCACCAUACAGCCGAAAUCGAGUGCCUCGAACACAUCGCUCAAUGUGUCCAGCUUCCAUCCAGGCAGCGGAAGUGGACCACCCUCAUCGAUGAUGAGUCGACGCCGAUUCCUCAACACAUCCGCCUCGAGCAGCGUGACCAGCGAGGGCACUGCAACGCCAGAGCUACAGGUGGUGCCCGAUGGUGCCUACCCGAAUCAUCUAGAUGAUGAGACUAGCUCAGCUUACUCCUGCGAUACGGAGGGCUAUUACACCUCCUUCCACAUGGACAGCGGGUUGCGUACACUGAAGGAGGAAGAGCCACCCAUGACACCACUGCAGCAGAGUCUGCACACCAGCAGCUACUCCUUUGGCAGUCAAUCCAAUCAGACGGUGCUAAAUGCAGAAAAUGAAUACGAGCUCUUUGGACGCGGUUCGACCUCAACAACAACAAGCUCGGCGGGCACAGUCUGUACCACCCUGAUGAUCAACGGUGCCAGUGGCGGCGAGGGGGGCAGCCUUAAUGGCCAUGGCCCUGAUGUACCCGAACGCAUCAGCUCGCUGGGCAAGCUGAAUAAAGCAGGCGGUGGUGCUAGUAGCCACAGCAAUAGUGCCAGCACUAGUACGCUAGAGAGAAGCUACUCCAGCAGCACCAUCGGAAGUACUUUGGAGCGCACAGGCACCAUUAAGCGAAAUGUUAAUGCUGGUCUUAAGCUGGCCACCAAUUCGGAAGUCGAGGGUACAGAGCGCAAUACAGCGAUGGAUGUUGACAUGCCAAUGCACAGUGGCACACCAGAAUCUCAAGAUGAUGGGGAGUUUGAUUUCGACCGCAUACGUAAGCGUUCAGCUCAUCCCUUACCUGGAGCCGAGCUGGAAUACUCGGAGUGCUCAGAUCUGGAGGGUGUUGAGCGUAUUGAACGCAUUAAACAGAAGACUGCAAUCAAUGCUAAGCGCAUACCUUCCAUGUGCAUUAUCACCCCGACAACUAGCGAUGAUGAGAAUCAGUCAAAGGCGGACGAAUCCGCGUACGAUCCAAAUCGCACCUUGACAAACUCAAGCUCGGGUGGUUCACCCUGCUCGAAGGCGGCAGCCAAAGCGCAUGCUACACUCAAAGUGGUUACCACUUACUGCACUGUGGAUGUGAACUGUGCUAAUGAGGCAGCCGCUAAGGAAGAUGCCGAUGAGGCCCUGUUAACGCCAACUAAUGCAACGGAUAGCAAAGACCACAACCUGAACGAAUUGAAGCAAACGCCAACGAAAGCUCUAAAUAGCAUGUUUGAAAAGCUCAAGGUUGUUUUGCCGAACAUAAAGCGCUCACCACCGAGCAAAAGCUGCCAGGCAAUGGCUAAGCCCGCCUCCCCAAGUGUCGUCAACAACGACGAACUGUACGACAUGGCAGGCGAAUACGUCACCAUAGCCGACAUCAGCAACAACAAUCGGGCCCACCAGCUGCAGGCACCGAAGCCGGCGGCGGGUAGCCUGGGCAUCUACUAUUCCAAUGACAUAGUUCAUAGGCGCAGGCUAGAGGCCGACGAACCGGCAGGCAAACAAUCGGGCCGAGCCGAAUAUGUAUCGCUCAAUGAAUUGCCACAGCAUUUGCGACGGCAUGGUGCGUCAGCUGCGCCCCCUGUUGGUAUUGCUGCUGUCGGAGGUGGUGGAAAUGCAGUUGAGAGCACAGACGCAUGCGCACAACAUCUGCCCACGACGAUGGCAAAAACCAUAACAGCUUCAGCACGUCAGCCGACGAGCGAAAGCUGCGGCGUGCCCAUGUAUGCGGAAAUCAGCGAGCUACGCGAAGAGAAGUCGCUCGUGUCGAGUGCAGGCGCCGGUCAGAGGGGUGGUGGCGGUGGUGCGCGCCUGGUACGCACAAAUGCCGAGGGUAAAAUCAUCUACGAUUCCGAUAGUCUGAAGCGACGCAAGGGCGCUCACACCACAUUCGCACCUGGACCGUAUGUGAAGGAAACUGAAAGUGCGCUCGCCAGUUUGCCUCUCGUAGUCAGUGACGAAAGGCACGCCGAGGGGUCUGCAACAAAUGUGCGCACGGGUGAAAGUGCAACUCAAACAGGAAUAACAACUACGACAGGAGUGCCCGCCUUGCCAUUAACAAAGAACGCGAAACUAUUGUUGCAGAAAGGCGGCAUCGCGGCCAAUCGUAAGGUGGCCAAUGUGCGGCCCAUAGUGGCCAAAUCGCCGCUGUCCAAAACGCCAAACAAUAACAACAAUAGGGAUAUGUCCGCCUAUCAACCUGUCGCCUAUAAUACCUAUCAGGAGCAAAAGCAAAUGCUGGCCAAUCAUACGAAUCCCUUCUACGAGGCAAUUGCCUCCAACACAACACCAGCUUUAAAUGCCGCUCCAGGCGCCACAAUUGCCAUGAUGCCCUCGCCCUCCAGUAAGUCCAAUUCAUCGACUGGAUCCACAGCGACGAAUUCAUCAUCGUCGACAGCAACUACAGCAUCGGCACACUCCGGCGAAGAAGGUAAGCAAGUCCUGAUAAGUCAAGUUAAUGCCAAUUGCAAUUUCGCUUGCGAUCCUGAGUUCGCUUUGGCGCACCCAAAACCAACACCAACAAUUUCACUACCACCCUACACUGCCCCCCCAAAUGCUAAUGUAAAUAACACGCUAAAACUACUACACACUACUACACCAACUGCAACAACAAUAGCAGCAACAAUGUAUACUAUUAACAACAACAACAAAAACAGCAGCGUAACAAAUUUAGAAGCGGGAAAAUCAAAUUUCGCAUCAAUGGGCAGCAUUUCAAGUGUACACUGUGACGAUGAAGACCCCACUGACGAGUGCCAUCGGAAGGCAAAAGUGAGGGUUGUUACUCCCACUCCUACCGCCCCCCAUAGCAACAACAACAACAAUAGAAGUAGUAGUAGUAGCAACCCCAUGGGCGCCAUAGUAUCAUCCCCUCCACCCCCUCCACUGCCACCCCGGGCGAAAGUUAAUGGGAAAGUAGCGACAAUGGCAGAAGCAGCGGCAGCUGCGCGCAAUGCAGUUAACCCCCAAUCCAGCCCACCUAACAAAAACAACAAUAUUGCUCUCAGCAAUGGGCAUCCUCAUACUAUACCUUCUCCUGCACUUAGUUUAUCGAUUGACCCAAUUGCUGCAACGCAGUUUUCCAUUUCAACUGCGCAUUUAACUGCAGCUGUCACCACCAUCCCCAACGCUCCUCCCCCUUCAACAAUAGCAGUAGUCAACCCCCCAAGGCUUAGUCCCUCGAAACCGCGUGGAGCGUUGAAGCGCAACAACAGCUACAGGCUGGCCAACGAUGAGCUCAAAUUAGAAAUGAACAAAGAAAAUUGCCUAGUCUAUGCCGAUGCCCACGGCAAAUCCAGUGCAACGUCGUUCAGCACAUUGCCCCCGAAUGCAACAAGUUCGCUAAAGCUGAAGGCCCAACUCGGCAGCAGUGGCAGCAAUGUACAGGUGGCGCCCAAUGAGGGGCGCAAAAUUGCCAAGUCCUUUGAACGGCUCGUUGAUGAGUUUUCGCUGUCCACCAUCAGCACGGACUCUUCCUAUUUAAAAAAUAAAUCGCUAGAGAACUUUGAUGAUUCACCGGCGUUGCAAAAUGGCCAACACAAUGGCCAUCUAGACAACACGCAAACUGACAACGACAACGAUAAUAAUGAAAACGCUGAUGUUAAUGAUGAUGACGAUAAUGACGAUGAUGACGACGACAGCAACGACGAGCCCAUGCAGGCAACUCCCAUGCCACAUAAAUACCACAAGUCUUUUGUGGAAAAUAUUUUGCUGCGUCCGUUCAAAAUCAUUCUGCCCAACGAAGAUAACGGUGCGCGUCGUCAGCGCAUUUUACAAAAGUUUGAGGUGACGGAAAUCUGGUAGACAAGUUGGGCGCGCCAUAGACAUAGACAUAGACUUUGACGCCAGCGCUCAUUAACUU